AUGAAUAAUAAUAAAGAAAUAGCUGAACUCCUCCUUUCAUACGGAGCAAAUAUCGAUGAAAAAGAUGAAUUAAGAAGAACAGCUCUUCAUAUUGCAGCAGAAAAUAAUAAUAAAGAACUAACAGAACUUCUUAUUUCAUAUUGUACAAAUAUCAACCAAAAAGAUGAAUAUGAGAAAAGCUGCUUUUCACAUUGCAGCAUAUAA